AUGGCGGCCAAUGACGCGCUGCCAGCUGUCCUGGUGGUGAACGACGAUGGGAUCGAGGCUCCGGGAAUCAAGGCGCUCGUGGCGGUGCUCGGCUCGGCUGGCUUCUGCCGCGUCUUCGUCUGCGCGCCCGACGUGUACGUCGCCUUGCCCCUCCUUCGCGCCCUCUCUGUGCAUCCAUUUCCCCCCCCUGAGGGGCCUGAUGGAGGUCUAGGAGGGGCGGAUGAGGCGCACUCUGACGCCAAGCACUCUAUGUUGAGCCGUGUCUUCGCCUUGCUCCUCUCUGCCCCACUCGAGAAGUCCAUCACCAUCCGGAAGACACUUGAGGCGAAUCUGGUGGAGGACUAUGAGGGGCACAUUUUGAAUCCAACCUGUGUCUUCACCUCCAUCACCAUCCGAAAGACGCUCGAGGCGAAUCUGGUGGAGGACUAUGAGGGCGCUGCUGUGGCAUACUCGCUCACAGGCACACCGGCAGACUGUGCGUCUGCGGGCCUCUCAGUUAAUGUCAUCAGCGGCAUCAACAAGGGCGCCAACACAGGCCGCCAAGUUUCAUCACGCAUGUUGGCUUUUGAGUCGACUCAAAAGGGUCACAAUUUGGAGGCGCCUCAAAAGGCCGCUGCAAGCACUGACGCCCACUUUUCUCCCGCCGCUGCCACGUGUCUGCCUCUCAUUCGCUGCGUUCUCGAGGCAGCAACCUCUGGUCAGCUAUCCAGCAGCGGAGGGGACCCGCUGCUGCUGAACGUGAACGUGCCGCUUGACCCCGUCAAGUCCAAGGGCUUCAAACUCGCCCAGCAAGGCCAAGAACGGGUGGCCUUUUCCUGGACGCACAUUGCCAAGAAGUGCACCGGAGUGCAGCUGGCAGGGAUGAGUGGUGCUCUGAAUCUCCCUUUGCCUCUCGUUCCUCCAUCCUCUAUCCUCCAUUCCCUCAAUCCUCAACAGGGCUUCAAGCUGGCCCAGCAAGGCCAGGCAAGGGUGGCCUUCCCCUGGACGCACAUCGCCAAGAAGCGCACCGGAGUGCAGCUGGCAGGCAUGGGGGGAGCGGCGGCAGGGGGCAGGGGACUUCCGGGCAUGAUGGGGGGCAGGGGCCUGCCGGGGAUGAUGGGAGGGAGGGGGCUGCCGGGAAUGGUGGGAGGGAGGGGCCUCCCGGGCAUGACUGGGCCUCCUGCGGUUUCUCUGGCUGAAAUCGGAUCGGUUGCCUCUGCUGCUGUGGGUGCUCAUCUCUUUCCUUCUUACGAGGGCGCAGCGCGGUCCAAGACUCCUGGCGAGGAGAGCAAGGAGGAUGGCGGAGAUGAGCCGUGGCAGCCGCUGCAUAAGAUGCACUUCCGGCACGAGCCGAGUGGGUGGGAUGUGCUUGACAAGGACCCCGCUUUUGACUCCGCUGCUCUCGCACUUGGCUAUGUGACACUCACGCCGCUCGCCAUCACUGCUGCCAUCGACAUCCACUCACGGCUCAAGGAGGACCUUGCGUGGCUCGCGCCGCUGCUGCCCCACGAUGCCUAA